AUGACCGAUACAGUGGUCGUCGAGGGACAAGUUAGACUCCGAGAAGGGAAAAAGUGGAAGAGCAGAUGGGUGGUCCUGAGAAAGCCCUCUCCAGUAGCAGACUGCCUUUGUGUGCUGGUCUAUAAGGAGCGCAGUAAAGGGCAGCGGGAGAGGAGUCAGCUCACUCUGGGUGAUAUCUGUGGCCUGGAGCUCUUGCAGAGUUUUGAAGGAGUGAACUACGCUCUUACCCUCCUCUGCCUCACACAGUCCCUUACACUUGGCUUUGACAGCAGAGAAAACCUUCUAACAUGGGAUGCACGCAUCCGCUACAGCCUCGGAGAAGUCCACAGGUUCAGUGUAACCAUCCAGCCGGGCACUAAGCUGGAGAGUGGCGCAGCGUCACUGCAUCUCUGUAAUAACCUGCUCGUUAUAGCCCGAGAUAUCCCUCCAGCGGUUAUUGCACACUGGAGACUGUCGGACCUGCGACGAUAUGGAGCAGUGCCAAAUGGAUUUAUCUUUGAAGGAGGGACACGAUGUGGCUACUGGACUGGUGUCUUCUUUCUGGCCUGCACAGAAGGGGAACAGAUCAGUUUUCUGUUCGACUGUAUCGCACGAGGCAGCUCUCCAAGCAGGACACCGUUUGGAUUGCGUCCCUCCCUUCCAGACCUCAGCACUCAGGCGUCCUCAGCGGAGGAGAGGAUUACACAGGAAGCCAGUGUGCUGGAGAAACGCCUCAGCAUGCUGUCAGUGUGCAGCCACCAGAGCAGCACAGCCUCCCACUCCAGCUCUACUGGAGAUGCCCGCAGCAUCUCAAGCUCCUCCUCCGAGACCAGCCACUCAGACACCAGCUUGAGCAGUCGCCUAGCAACAUGGGCUGACCCAGUUCGAUACCCCACUCCUACAGAGCCCUCUGUGUCAGGAAUGACGGGAUCAAGGCCAAGCAGCAAGGAGCAUCAUGAAGGACUUCUCUGCCCACAAACUAAACCAGCCUGCCCCAGAGGACUUCAGGAGGCUGGGCGGCAGAGCUCGACUGACAGCGGCAUUGCCACAGGAAGCCACUCGUCCUACUCCGGAAGCUUCUCCUCCUACACAAGCAGCUUAGAUACUGCACAGGGAGAGACUGAAGAGUUUGGCUCAGUGCUGAGCCUCACACCCAACACAAAUUCCAGCACACACCUGACUAUAAACCCCAACACUUUAAUUUCCACUUCUAAUACAAACCUCAGAUUUCCUCCACAGUUCCAUAAAUCCAGCAUAUUAGCAAGCCCCACUUCCUUACCACCAGGGCACAGACCAUGUGUUUGCCAUAUCAGUGGUGUAUCUGAAGCACAGGAGUUGGAGUACAAUGUGCCUGUGCAUCUCCUGCAGCACUACGACACCCCUCGCAGACUUGUCCAGCCCCAACCCUCCACCUCCUCGACCCAGAGUCCCCAGUGUGACCCAUUAGAGCCACUGGGAAGCCCUGCUUCUCCCACAAUGACUACACCCCUGAGGCUGAGUGGGAACAGUGACAGUGUACUUCCCUCUGGAGCCUUGACCAUGCAGGGGCACAUUUUCUGUCUUGUGUGUGGAGGACUGAAGAUGGUAAUGCCUUCCAUACACACACGUUCCUCUCAUGUCCCUCCUGGAUUAGAAAAAACAAGGCAUGAAAAGAACAGUGCAUCUGUAUCUGCAGCUCCACAGGGUACGAAUCUGGACUCCUCCACUGAGGCUGAGCAGUUAAGCAGACAUGAGCUGACAAGUGGCCAAACACCGCAGAAGUGCUUUUGGGAGGCUGAGGGACGUUCAUCAGCAGUGCCUACAUCUCCCAUGAGCUCUCUGAGGCUUUUCAGACACUCUUCCUUGUCUGGGAGAUCAUUAGCUCUAUCGGGUGAAUCAGGGUUUACAGCCACAGAGCGGCUUCAGGGGGAAUCCGUGAAUUAUGUCAACAUCCCAGUUAGUCCUAUGUCUAAACGACAACUACACUAUAUGGAGCUGGACCUGCAGGAUGUACAGGAAACUGGCCACACAGUCAGAGGAGCAUCCAGCACUAAAUAUGCACAGAUUGACCACGCUGCGACAGAGACGGCUCAGAGAGUGGGAGCUCAGCAUGCACAGGGCAGAGAGGAGAGAUUGCACGAGCUAGAGCAAAAGAGGCGAGGAACACUAAACUAAACACACACUGAACAAACAUAAUCAAUAAACACAAUGAAUAAAGUACCAGCACCUCUCAAGACAUUCAACACCAAACAUAUGGAUAUUACCUUUUGCUUUAUAACCUUUGAUUUUUUUAUUAUGAAAUGCAAUAUUACUAAAGUAAUUCUGGCAGCAACUGCAUUAAGUGCACAUGUAAGAGUUAAUCUAAUUUUGUGUUUUAUAUAGAUUUUACUGUGUAUAUAUACUAUUAAAGUAUGCUAAGAGUAUAA